UCCUUAUCGGUUACCCUUUGGAUGGUACAAGUGUUUAACGAUUUGUUUAUGUAACUACCUAUACAGUCUUAGUUUAUUUUUGUUAUAAUAAUCAUAAUAUUUAUGUCAGUGGACAGUUGAAAGUAAAGUGUAAUCAGAUAAAAAAGAAAUAUAGGCUAAAACUAAUAGUUUUAAGCUAUAAGAUUACAACAUAAAGUAUUCUGUUUAUUUUUAAAUUUAAGUUAAUUCAAAUGUAGAUAAGUGGUAUUCAAUAUUUCCGUCGUGUUUUCAAGUUUAAAUAAAUAUUUGUAAAAUGAGAGUGUAUGUAUUAACUUUAUUAAUAGUUUCAAGUGUGUUUCAAUGUCACAGUGUUAAAUUUACUCGAUGCAAACUCGUGAGGGAAUUGUUGAAAAUAAAAUCAAUUGAAAAAACUUUUCUUGGAAGCUGGGUGUGCCUGAUUGAAAAAGAAAGUCAACGUGACACAGCAGCAUACCGGGAGUCUGGUGCCAGAAAAUAUUAUGGAUUGUAUCAGAUACCACAAGUGUGGUGUAAAAAUGGGAAACGUGGAGGCAAAUGCAACAUAGCUUGUGAAGCUCUCUUAGACGAUGAUAUCCGUGAUGAUACAGAGUGCGCAGUUCAUAUCUAUGAGAAGGAAGGCUUCAAGUAUUGGUCACAGUGGAUGGUGAGGUGUAAGAAUGACAAUUUCAUUACUGGUGAAAUUUACAAAUGUCCAGACUUAAUUUCGCCACGGAUUAGCAGAGAAAACGAUCUUGAAGAAAUUCUGAAGCUAAAAGAACAACGAGACAAAAUGAGAAAUCACUCCGACUUGAGGACUUAUUACGGAAUAAAUUGGUUCUUUUAAUUUAAAAGUUUUUAAUAUAUUUUUUAGAUAAAUAUAUUUUUUACUGUGUAACAAAGCGUGUAUAUUGUUACACUUUGUUACGCUUUGUUUGGCCUCUACAUACGAGUACAUAAAUAAUACCAUAGAUUUUACAGAACCUUCAAUAUUCCUUUUCUUGUACUGGUAUAAUAAUUUUUGUUCCCAUAGUCACCACUAAUAACUUGAGAUUGAAGUAAAGUGUAAUGUUCUAUCGGUAAAUAUAAAAUAAUAGUAAUAAAUAUAUUUUUAUGUUAAUAAAGUCUAAGAUUAGCACUUCCAUUAAUCUGUACAAUACGUGAUACAAGUGGUAUUCUAUAUUAAAAAAUAAAAAAAGGUUUAUCACGAAUAUAAAAUUUGUAACGAAUUUAAGUAACGUACGGUCUCUGUAUGCAAAAUAUAAUAAUUGCAGGCGUCAACACUUCCCAACUUGGAAACAAUAAACUUCUGUUGCCCCCUGUUCGAUAUUUCUUCGGAAAGACGGAUAGUUCACGAAGCAGGAAACUAUAAUAUUAUUUGUAAAGAGUACGACGAACUAGUAAGGAAUAAUAUAAAAUUUCUCAUAAACAGAUUGUGUAACGAAAACAGAAUUUUUGCAAGCUUUAAACUUGCAAUAUAUGUUAGUUUGUUGCAAGCUAUAUUUGACAUAUUUCUUGAUAGUCCGAUUGGGUUGAAAUUUUACAUAGAUCUUUAGAUCAGGUGAGAAUAUAAUAUCCAAUAGUUAAUAUUUUUCGUAAUUGAUUGUGUUUCACAAAAAAAAAAAACCUACUUCAAUUGUUAUAAAACUAGUCAUUUAGAUUUGAAAACUAAACUAUUGCAACGAUAAUGAUAAAAUUUGUAUGAAGGCAAUUUAUAUGAAACUUUAUGCCUUGCCAUCUGGCCAGCAUCUACUUGAAAAAACUCAUGUCUAUAAUAAAUGGAUACUAUUGGGUUAUCAGUUAUUAUUAAAUUUAUUGAUUGUGACUGACGGCAUUUGGUGGAAAU